AUGGCUUUAAUUAUUGACAAAAAAAAAAUAUCUCACUGUUUUCAAUCGGAGAUCAGGUCAGAUUUCACUCGGAAUUCUCCUAAUAAUGACAACAGGACAUCACAAAACCGCAUUAAUGGAGACGUGGUUGUGGUUAAAGUGAAUGAAACAAUCAACAACAUUUCGUUUACUUUUGAUAUUGCGAAUACAUCAUUCGGAAAUCCUCAGUGUGUAUUUUGGUACUUUGAUCUCGACCGAUGGGAUACAGCCGGAUGUAAAGUCAAGAAAACAUGGACUGAAACAGAAAAGGUUACAUGUGAAUGCAACCACACAAUCUCUUUUUCAAUUCUGAUUUCACCGUUUGUAGAUACAGACCCUGUGAAACGCACAGCCUCAGCUUAUAUAACAUACAUCGGUGUUGCUAUUUCAAUGACCAGCUUGGUUCUGUGCAUUAUAGAGAUAAUUGUAUGGAAGUCAGUGACACGAAAUGUCACGUCAUGCAUGCGACAUGUCUCAAUAGUCAACAUCGCUCUGUCUCUGCUUAUUGCAAACAUCUGUUUCAUCAUUGGAGCUGCAAUCGCAGAUCAAGACAUAAAACAAGGGCUGAUGAUCUCAGUGGCUCGCUGCAGUCCAGUGGUUUUCUUCAUGCACUUUUUUUAUUUGGCUCUUUUCUUCUGGAUGUUCAUUUCAGCACUUUUGCUCUUUUACAGCACUGUCAUCGUCUUUGGUCAAUUGUCAAGAACUGAAAUGAUGGUCAUUGCCUUCACAGUUGGUUAUGGUGCACCUUUGCUCAUAGCGGUUAUUACUGUUGCAUCCACAGCUGGAGCUGAAAACUAUGUUUCAAAAGAAAAUACAUGUUGGCUGAACUGGACUGAAUCUAAAGCUCUGCUGGCAUUUGUGAUUCCAGCUCUGGCUAUUGUCGACUUCAACAUCGUAGUUGUGAUUGUAGUUGUGUAUAAGAUCUCUAGGAGAGGACAUGGAGCCACAACUCAAGCAUAUGAGAAAAAUGUUCUUCUGGUCAUUGCCAAGUCUGUGGCUUUCCUGACUCCUCUCUUUGGUCUAACAUGGGGAUUUGGGAUUGGAACCUUGCUGUCACCUGACUUUGGCAUUCAUGUGGUGUUUGCACUUCUAAACUCCCUGCAGGGGUUCUUUGUGUUGGUGUUUGGAAUUAUUCUAGACAAAAAGGUAUGA